GAGAUCGAGGAGAAUGUGUGUGUUAAUGCAGAGUGCUGCUGGAGACCUGGCAGAGUGAGAGUGAGACAGAGAGAGAGUGAGUGGAAAAGGGGGAAGUGCUGGGAGUUGUAGCAGCAGCAGCUGCUGCCACCUCGGAGCUAAAGACUGGGAUUCAGCUCCAUCUCCAGCACGUUUUCGGCUCUCCAGAGGCAUGGAUGCUCCACGUUCAAAAGUCCUAGAAGAUCAGUGACACCUCCAAAAGCUGAAAGGAUGCUUCUCUAUUACUCCUAAAAGCAUCCGAGGACUCUGCUCCUUUUUCAGGACUGAAAGAGCAAUGGACCACAUGGAGCCCCCUGUACACAUUUUCCGUGAGGAGCCACCCUCCACCUGCUCUCCAGGCCCCUGCCUCCUCCCCAGCAGCAGCAGCUGGCUCCUGGGCUGGGCUGAAUAUGGCAACAAUGCCAGUGGUGGCUUUGAAGACUUGCAGCAGAACCACACCAACAUUUCCCCAGCUAUCCCUAUUAUCAUCACUGCUGUCUACUCUGUGGUCUUUGUGGUUGGCUUGGUGGGCAACUCUCUGGUCAUGUUUGUCAUCAUAAGGUAUACAAAGAUGAAGACGGCAACAAACAUUUAUAUUUUCAAUCUGGCUAUGGCAGAUGCUUUAGUUACUACGACUAUGCCUUUCCAAAGCACUGAAUACCUGAUGAACUCUUGGCCAUUUGGGGAUGUGUUGUGUAAAAUAGUUAUUUCAAUUGACUAUUAUAACAUGUUUACCAGCAUAUUCACAUUGACCAUGAUGAGUGUGGAUCGAUACAUUGCUGUGUGUCACCCCGUGAAAGCCCUGGACUUCCGCACUCCUCUCAAGGCAAAGAUAAUCAAUAUCUGUAUCUGGCUAUUGUCCUCGUCUGUUGGUAUAUCUGCCAUAGUUCUUGGAGGCACUAAAGUCAGAGAAGAUACUGCUAGUACUGAAUGUUCUUUGCAGUUUCCAGACUCUGAUUACAUGUGGUGGGACAUCUUCAUGAAAAUCUGCGUCUUUGUCUUUGCGUUUGUUAUUCCAGUUCUCAUUAUAAUUGUUUGCUAUACCCUGAUGAUCCUGCGCUUGAAGAGCGUACGACUUCUCUCAGGGUCUCGAGAAAAAGACCGAAACCUUCGUCGGAUCACCAGAUUGGUUCUUGUAGUUGUGGCAGUUUUCAUUAUCUGUUGGACUCCCAUUCACAUUUUUGUGCUGGUUGAGGCACUAGGGGAUGUGCCCCAUAGCACUGCAGCAAUCUCCAGCUAUUAUUUCUGUAUUGCUUUGGGUUACACCAACAGCAGUCUAAAUCCUAUCCUGUAUGCUUUUUUGGAUGAAAACUUCAAGCGCUGUUUCAAAGACUUCUGCUUUCCCUUUAAGAUGAGGAUGGAUAGGCAGAGCACCAGCAGAGUCAGAAACACAGUUCAAGACCCUGCUUACAUGAGGGAAGUGGAUGGGACAAACAAACCAGUAUGACUAGUCGUGGAGAUGUCAUCUUACUGUCCUCAAGGAAUAGAAUCAAACGAUCUUGGACUAACUCAAAUAACCACUGUGGUUUGAGACAUUUUUGAUAAUAUUUGGGAGUUCUCACAGUUUGAACUAAAAUAUGUUAAUUGCUUAGGACAGGGAAUUCCCCAAAAUAAGCUCAAAGGAAAAAGAUGACUGACUGCCAGAUUUUGGAACCAUAUUUACAAUGGAGCUGAGCAAGUGGUAAAAUACCCACUUUCAGCAAGGUAGGAAGUGCUUCAUACUGUAUUAGGUGACUCUGGACAAGAAAAAAAUUAAACUGUUCUUCUUAUAGUACAUAUCUGCCACCUUCUAGUCUAUACCAAGCAACAUUUGGUGAUAACACUAAAUCAGAUUAUGGCAGAAACUCUGUUUUGACCUAAAAAUCUUUGCUUCAGACAAACAAAAAGAAGGCAUCCUAACUUAUUUUGCUGCUUAGUGAAUAGUAUCAGUUCUGAGACUACAAAACAUGGCAGAGCUAUGUAAUCAAAAUUCUCAUUAACUACUUUGUGUGAAAUAACAUACGUUUGUCUGUAUUGUGGAGAUCCAGUUUAAGCAUGAUCUGCCUUCAGACCAAAAUGAUUUUAUUGUGUCUGUGUAUUGUGAAAACUUUUCAAUGCUUAAAAAAAUCAAGAUUUAAAGAUAAUCCUUAAUAUAUUUUAGCACAUGUUAAGUCACAUACGAUGCUUACUGUCUUUAUAUGUGAUUCUCCAAAAGAUGUAUAUCUAUUGAUUGUGGAUAUUCCAGUAUGCCUUUCAACAACUCGUUGUUCAGCAAAAUACUAGAAAAAUGCAAAGAAUUCUUGACUGGUCACUAAAUCGUUAAAAAGAACAGUAUAAUAAAAGACCCAACAGUAAAAGAGCAAAAUUAAUGUUAUAUUAGCUGUCCUUGAUAUAUACACAAUUUCAGAAAAUUUUAAAAAGUAAAGAAUGUAUAUGGGGACUGGUUACUAAAAAUGUAGUAAAUUGACACAAAAAUCAAUGAGAGUUAAUUGCAUUUAUAAGUACACACUAUGGCACUGACUAGAGAAAGCUCUCAUUGCACGUUUAGUCACAUUGAUACAUUUAGCCUCAAAAGAGUCUUACAAAUUGAGUAAGUAGUAUUACCUCAAUUUUUCAAUAAAGGUGUGGAAGCCAAGGCAAAGAGAAUGUAAGUGACUUGCCCAAGGUUAUAAGGUAAGUUUAUUGCAGAGCUGAGACUAAACUACGGAACAUCAGUCUCCCACCCCUGUGCUUUUAACUACUAGAAUAACCACACCGUCUAGGAUCUUAAUCUUACUCCCAUUGAAGUUAAUGGGAGUGUUGCUGUUGUGUUCAUUGGGAGCAGAAUUAGACACCCAGCGAACACCAACUGUUUGAUCAUUUUCAUCACUCAUAGUAAAGACAUGAGGUCUCCAUCAUAGUUUACAGUGCGAUUCAAUUGGAGGCUGUUUUGUUGGUGCUUUAAGUGGCCUCUUAACUCCAAGCAGACAUGUAUGAUUUUAAAUAAAGAUACAUGUGCCAAUAUUUUCAAUAAUGGGUGCCUAAAUGUAGGCUCCUAAGUUCAUAUUUAGGUACCUAAGUGAGUGCAGAGUCCAUAGACUGCUGGGUGCCCAGCACUUUUGAAAUUCAUGCCACUUACUUAGGCACUUAAGCAUUUAGGACUCUAACUUUAGGGACCUAUUCUUGAAAAUAUUGGCCACAGUAUCUGGUUAAAUCUAGCACUUUCUGAUUGUGCCUAUAGGGCCAACAUUUAAUCAUUUUUGUUGCUCUCCUCUGGACUUUCUCCAAUUUGUCCACAUCUUUCCUGAAAUGUGGCAUCCAGAACUGGACCCAAUACUCCAGCUGAGGCCUUAUCAGCACGGAGUAGAGUGGAAGAAUUACUUCUUGUGUCUUGCUUACAAAACUCCUGUUAAUACAUCCCAGAAUGAUGUUUGCUUUUUUUUUUUUUUCCUGUUGACUCAUAUUUAGCUUGUGAUCCACUCUGACCUCCAGAUCCCUUUCCGCAGUACUCUUUUCUAGGCAGUCAUUUCCCAUUUUGUAUGUGUGCAAUUGAUUGUGCCUUCCUAAGUGGAGUGCUUUGCAUUUGUCCUUAUUGAAUUUCAUCCUAUUUACGUCAGACCAUUUCUCCAGUUUAUCCAGAUCAUUUUGAAUUUUAAUCCUAUCCGCCAAAGCACUUGCAAUCCCUCCUGGCUUGGUGUCCUCCACAAACAUUAUAAGUGUACUCUCUAUGCCAUUAUCUAAAUCACCAAUGAAGAUAUUGAACAGAACCAGACCCAGAACUGAUUCCUGUGGGACACCACUUGAUAUGUCCUUCCAGUUUGACUGUGAGCCACUGAUAACCACUUUCUGGGAAUGGUUUUCCAACCACUUAUACAUGCACCUUAUAGUAGCUCCAUCUAGGCUAUAUUUUCCUAGUUUGUUUAUGAGACAGUCACACAAGACAGUAUCAAAAGCCUUACUAAAGUCAAGAUAUACCACAUUUACUGCUUCCCCCCUAUCCACAAGGCUUAUUACUCUUUCAAAGAAAGCUAUUAGGUUGGUUUGGCAUGGUUUGUUCUUGACAAAUCCACGUUGACUGUUACUUAUAACCUUAUUAUUUUCUAGGGGGUUGCGAAUUGGUUGCUUGAUUAUUCACUCCAUUAUGUUUCUGGGUACCGAAGUUAAGAUGGCUGGUCUGUAAUUCCCCAGGUUGUCCUUAUUUCCCUUUUUAUAGAUGGGCACUAUAUUUGCCAUCUUCCAGUGCUCUGGAAUCUCUCCCGUCUUUGAUGAGUUUUCAAAGAUAAUCACUAAUGGUUCAGGUAUCUCCUCAGUGAGUGUCUUGAGUAUUCUUGGAUGUAUUUCAUCAGGUCCUGCCGAUUUGAAGGUAUCUAACUUGUCUAAAUACUUUUUAGCUUGUUCUUUCCCUAUUUAAGCCUCAGAUCCUACCUCAUUGUCACUGGUGGUCACUAUGUUAGAUGUCUGAUCGCUACUAACCUGAACCAAAUAAGUCAUUUAGCAUUUUUGAGAUUUCCACAUUUUCUGUUAUUGUCUUUCCCUGCUCACUGAGUAAUGGGCCUACCCUGUCCUUGGUCUUCCCCUUGCUUCUAAUAUAUUUGUAGAAUUACUUUUUGUUACCCUUUAUGUCUCUAGCUAGUUUAAUCUCAUUUUGUGCCUUGGCCUUUUUAAUUUUGUUCCUACAUGCUUGAGUUGUUUAUUUAUAUUCAUCCUUCCUAAUUUGAGAUAGUUUCCACUUUUUGUAGGCUCUUUUCUGAGUUUCAGAUCACUGAAGAUCUCCUGAUUAAGCCAGGGUGGUCUCUUGCCAUACUUCUUAUCUUUCUUGUGCAGUGGGAUAGUUUACUCUUGUGCCUGUAACAAUGUCUUUUUCAAAAAACUGCCAACUCUCUCAAACUGUUUCUCCCCUUAGACUUCCUUCCCAUGGGAUCUUACCUAUCAACUCCCUGAGUUUGCUAAAGUCUUUCUUCUUGAAAUCCAUUAUCUUUAUUCUGCUGUUUUCCUCCUACCAUUCCUUAGAAUCAUGAACUCUAUCAUUUAAUGAUCACUUUCACCCAAGCUGCCUUCCACUUUUUAAUUCACAACCAGUUCCCCCCUAUUUGUCAAAAAUCAUAUCUAGAACAACCUCUCCCCUGGUUGCUUUCUCCACCUUCUGUAAUAAAAAUUUGUCUCCAAUGCAUGCCAAGGACUUUUUGGAUAAUCUGUGCCCUGCUGUAUUAUUUUCCCAACAGAUGUCUGGGUAGUUGAAGUCCCCCAUCACCACCAAGUCCCAUGCUUUGGAUGAUUGUUAGUUGUUUAAAAAAGUCUCAUCCACCUCUUCCUGGUUAGGUGGUCUAUAGUAGACCCCUACCAUGCUAUCACCCUGUUUUUUCCAACUUUUAUCCUUACCUAGAAGAAGGAUUGAAAAAAAUGGGUUUCUUUAGUCUGGGGAAGAGAAGAUUAAGGGGGGAACAUGAUGAUAAUUUUCAAGUACAUAAAAGGUUGUUACAAAGAGGAGGGUGAAAAAUUGUUUUCUUUAACCUUUCACAAUAGGACAAGAAGCAAUGGGCUUAAAUUGCAGCAAGAGAGGUUUAGGUUGGACAUUAGAAAAAUCUUCCUAACUGUCAGGGUAGUUAAGUAGUGGAACAAAUUGCCUGGACAGGUUGUGGAAUCUCCGUCAUUGGAGGUUUUUAAGUACAGGUUAGACAAACCGCUGUUAGGAAUGGUCUAGUUAUUACCUAGUCCUGCUUUGAGUGCAGGCUACUGGAGUAGAUGACCUAUUGAGGUCCUUUCCAGUCCUACACUUCUGUGAUUUGAUUUGCACGUGCACAUCUGUGAUUUGCGGACGCAAGUCAGGCAGCUGCAAAGACUGCACAUUCUCAACUCUGAAAACCUGGCUCAUAAUUCUUUAGUUAAACUUUGCCUAAAUGGCUGUACUCCUUUCUAAAUAAUCUAGCAUUCAAAGAGAUAGUGAAUUUUACCCUGAGCUAUCAGAUGUGCCUAAUGUACGAAGGGCAAAAUUCUAGUCUCUAAAUCUAAAUGUGGAUCUACAUUCUACUGCAUAUCUGCCCUUCUCUAUGAAGAAUUCUUAAGAGAACCAUAGGGUAGAUAUGAAACAGGUUUCAUCCUUAAUAUGGUCAUUAACAAUGUAUAACUAUACAUUUUUAAUUUAAAUAAUAUGAUAUGACAAGAGACGACAACUGAAAUGUUUGGAAAGCAAUCCAAAAACCCUGUUCAAAGGAGAAAAUUAUACGUGAAUGGUAAAGCAUCUUCCAGUUAUUUAAAAUAAACUUGUCGGGAAAUGUUGAAAAAGAGGAGUGAAUGGACUUGACCCCAUGAGUUCUUCUCAUUCUAAAAAAAAAGUGUAUUGUGUUCACAUUUUGCUAGUGUACUGUAUAUAUAUACAUGUGUUUAAAUAGAGGUGUUAUUCUCUGCAUUACAUGCAUUGCCCUGCCUUGUAAUGAAAAAUCAAUGUAGCUCUUAAGUUGUAUAAUAGAACUCUAAUAAUCA